CACUGCGCAUGCGUGUUGGUGUCAACACCGGCUGAAACAGGGGACUAAUUUAAAAGUCAGGACAAUAGCCAAGAUAACUUGUCUUCGGGACAGAGCCUUAUAGCCCGGGACUAUCCCGCCUGAAACGGGAUAUUUGGCAAGUAUGCCAUGUCCUUCUUCCGCAGGAAAGUGAAAGGAAAAGAUCAAGACAAGCCAGAUGUAAAAGCAUAUAAAGCUCCAGUUCCAGGACCAGUACAUUCUCCUUCCAGAAGCCCAAAAAACAAUGCCUUACUGGAAGCUGCUGGCCCAAGCCAUGUGGCUAUCAAUGCAAUCUCUGCUAACAUGGACUCCUACUCCAGUAGUAGGACUGCUGCUCUCAAGAAGCAACCCAUGCACAUGGAGGCCACGCAUUUUGGAGAUCUGGGCAGAUCCUGCUUGAAUUAUGAGGCCCAGGAAACCAAGUCCAGCCUUUCAAAGACACUUGAGCAGGUGCUACAAGAUGGUGUUGCUCUCCCCUACUUCAUUCAGUUUAUGGAGCUGCGUAGAAUGGAACAUUUGGUAAAAUUCUGGCUGGAGGCAAAAAGCUUUCACUCCACUACAUGGUCCCGAAUACGAGCGUUCAGUUUAAACACUGUCAAGCACAGUUCCUUGGCAGAACCAGUAUCACCAGCUCCAAAAAAACCUGGCCUGUCUGUAUCAUCACUACUUACUUCUGUUGAUCAACAGUCAAAAGAUUCUUGUAAAGUCCCACAUCACACAUCCAGGUUGAAAGCGUUAAAUACAGGUGGAAAGCAGAGCACAGCUGCAAAACUUUUGCAAACUGAACAGAAUGUAGGAGGCACACCAGCCAUCCAACUAGAACUGUACACUGAUCAAACUUUACCCAUGUAUGAGCAGUCUUCCAUGCUUUCAGCAUCCAAUAUAAACAGCCCAACACAUGAAGGAUUUAAAGAUAUGUCACAAAGAUUGAUGAAGAGUAUAGAACGGGAUGCUGUUAAUACCUUCACUAAAUACAUUUCGCCAGAUGCUGCUAAACCUAUACCGAUCAGUGAGGAAAUGCGGAGUGACAUUGUAGCUAAGAUCUGUGGGGAAGAUGGGCAAGUGGAUCCCAACUGCUUUGUUACAGCACAAUCCAUAGUGUUUAAUGCCAUGGAACAAGAGCACUUUCCUGAGUUUUUGAGAAGUCAUAAUUUCUGUAAAUACCAAAUUGAAGUACUGACCAGUGGAACAGUUUACUUAUCAGAUAUUCUUUUUUGUGAGUCAGCAUUAUUUUACUUUUCGGAGUAUAUGGAAAAGGAAGAUGCAGUGAAUAUAUUGCAGUUCUGGUUGGCUGCAGACAACUUCCAGUCACAGCUUGCAGCAAAAAAUGGGCAGUAUGAUGGUCAGGAGGCACAAAACGAUGCAAUGAUCUUAUAUGAUAAGUAUUUUUCCCUACAAGCAACACACCCUCUUGGCUUUGAUGACCCAGUACGGCUAGAAAUUGAAUCAAACAUCUGUAGGGAAGGUGGGCCCCUUCCAAACUGCUUCACCACUCCAUUACGUCAAGCCUGGACCACCAUGGAGAAGGUCUUCUUACCUGGUUUUCUCUCUAGCAAUUUGUAUUACAAAUACUUGAAUGAUCUUAUACACUCAGUGCGAGGAGAUGAAUAUAACUGGAGUGGAGUAGGGAAUACCGGUCCGGGGAACACUGGCACUCCCAACCAUGAGCCCUAUGGGAGCAAUGCAGAAAACUCUGUUGCUCAGACGAGUGUCAAAAAGAGCAAUGUUAAAAUUCUGAAAAAUUUUGAUGAAGCAAUAAUUGUUGAUGCUGCAAGUCUGGAUCCAGAAUCACUGUAUCAACGUACUUAUGCAGGGAAAAUGACAUUUGGGACAGUCAGUGAUCUAGGUCAGUUUGUCCGUGAAUCUGAACCUGAACCAGAUGUGAAAAAAUCCAAAGGUUCGAUGCUCUCUCAAGCAAUGAAAAAAUGGGUCCAAGGAGAAACCGAUGAGGCGCAAGAAGAGAUGGCUUGGAAAAUCGCAAAGAUGAUUGUCAACGAUGUGAUGCAACAGUCACAAUUGAAUUCAUCAACAGAUAAAUCUAAUGAGAUAUGAUACUGCGGAAACCUAGCAGAGUAAUCUGGUUAACUAAUUGAGACUGAACUAUACUCCACACUUGUGGCUAUUCUUGUGAUUCAGACAAGAAAAGAAAAGCAAUUUAACUUAUUGCAGCAGAGCUACCGCAUUCCAGCGCAAAGGACAAUAUAUAGAAGAGCAGGCCAAGUCCAACAAGUUUUGAAUCAUCUCCCUCAUACUUCCAAAGGAGUAUGCAGCACUUGUUAACAUGAAGGCUUGGAGUAUAUGAAGUAUGACCAAUGACUAAUGGGCCAGUGAAAUGUUUUGCAGAAUAAAGACAAGAAGAAGAGGUAAAAGAGAGGCCUGAUGGAACCCACUUGCACAAGAAUACUAAUAAUCCCUGGGCAUGUAAUUAUCUUUUAUUGCCUGUGCACAGAAGCCCUAAAAAAUAUCAAACAGAUUUUGAAUAUUUAAGGAAAAUAAUUUGCUUUUUUCAAAGUAAACAGAAGAAAUAAGUCUCCUUUCCCCUUGCAGUAUUUAUUAAAUACAGUUUGGUGAAUGGAAAUAUUAGACAAAUUAAUAAAGUUUUGAGCAUAAUUUUGGCUUUGGAGACCUUUCAACUAAAUAGCUAUUUAUAGAAAUGAAAUCUUUGUUCCCAAGAAUGCAGUAUUUGUUCCAUAAAUUUACAUCAAGGACAUAUAUUCUGCUUUUUUCUGCAUGUAUACUUUGCCAUAGUAUUACAUAAUUCUACCUACCAUAAUCUGCUCAUAAGAUAAACGGAUUAUGUUGCACUAAAUUCAUGUUUUACGGUGUGUUACAUGGUUGUGAAUGCAGUUCUCAUUCAUCAUACCUUAGACCAUUCAUCCCAGCAAACUACUGAGACAGAUUACGUUUUUCAGGAAGAACUUUUAAAUGUCAGGUUGUCUUGACAUCUGACUUACAGCAGUAUUUGUUUUAUUCUGUAUAAAGCAAUGCACUUGACAUCAUAUGAAUCAUAUUGCUUGCUAUAUUUACAUCAUUCUAGAUAUACCUAAUGCUUUUAUGAGCAGUUCCUAUGACAUUGUAGCUCAAUACGAAUGGUGAGAAAACCUUACCUGGCACAAGUACAUUAGGAAUGGCUGUUACAAGAGCAUGUUAGUAGUAGGGGAGAUUCACAGAUGUAGGUUAUAUCUGAUUUUUCUUUUCUUUCUCUCCGUUACAGUUGAGAUCAUUAGUUCUCUUUUGGUGCACUUCUGUAUAACCAUAGCUAAACGUAUACCCAAGCAAAAAAAACAAACACACAACGUGUUUGACCCAUUUCUAGAGUGUAAAAUAAACAAAUAUUUUUGUAUAGCACUUGUAAUACAAAGCAGCUGGCUUCGUUGUAUUAUGGGACAUAGGGAGCAAAACCUUUCAGCAACACUCCGUUACACUGCUGUAAUUUUAAUGAUGGAAAUAAUCACUUGGGAAAGAAACCCAGAGAGUUCUUGUUUUGUUUUUAUGUUUAUGUUUUUUUUUCCUGGAAAAUCAUUUAUUGUAAUAUUAUAUAUUACCAGUCACAGAAACAAGAUUGAAUACAUAGAUAAUUGACUCCCACUGGCACUGGUAAACUACCCUAUAUAUUGUCUGGUAUUAAAUAAAAGCAGGCUGUGUAUAGCUGUUUUGGUACUAUGUACCUCUUUCAUGAUUUCCUCAUGCCCUUGUAUUCAUGUACUUAAUCACUCAUCUAUUUAAAUGUGUUAAAUUGAGAGUAUAUAAGAAAUAAUAUUAAAAAGUGUUGUCUAUCCUUUUCA